CCCCGCGGUGGAGGGUCAGCCUGUGCUGGUGGCCUCCGAAGGCUCAACGCUGGCCGGGCUUAGGUUGGCGCGGCUUUGCACUUGCCACGCCUCCUCUGCGCUAGGAUUGGUUCAGUGCUGGGUUCAGUGCCCGCCCACCCGCCGGCGGACAUGGCGUCUCAGCUCCGUCUCCGCUCGGCGCUGGCCCUGGUCACAGGCGCGGGUAGCGGCAUCGGCCGAGCUGUCAGUGUGCGCCUGGCCAGAGAGGGGGCCGCCGUGGCCGCUUGCGACCUGGACGAGGCGGCGGCAAGCGAGACGGUGCGGCUGCUGGGCGGGCGGGGUAGCGAGGAGGUGGCGCCCUGCGGGGGCCACGCAGCCUUCCAGGCUGACGUGUCUGAGGCCGGGGCGGUCAGGCGCCUGCUGGAACAAGUACAGGCCUGCUUUUCUCGCCCACCGUCCGUCGUUGUGUCCUGUGCUGGGAUCACCAGGGAUGAGUUUCUGCUCCACAUGUCUGAGGAUGACUGGGACAAAGUCAUAGCUGUCAACCUCAAGGGUAUUUUUCUAGUCACUCAAGCUGCAGCCCAACUCCUGGUGUCCAGUGGUUGUCAUGGUUCCAUCAUCAACAUCAGUAGCAUCACAGGGAAGGUGGGGAACAUGGGACAGACAAACUACGCAGCAUCCAAGGCUGGAGUGAUUGGGCUGACCCAGACUGCAGCUCGAGAACUUGGCCGACAUGGGAUCCGCUGUAACUCUGUCCUCCCAGGGUUCAUUACAACACCCAUGACACAGAAAGUGCCACAGAAAGUGCUGGACAAGGUGACUGGAAUGAUCCCGAUGGGGCAUUUGGGGGAUCCUGAGGAUGUGGCAGAUGUGGUGGCAUUCUUGGCAUCUGAAGACAGUGGAUACAUCACAGGGGCCUCAGUGGAAGUCACUGGAGGUCUUUUCAUGUAACUGCUUCACGGACCCUGGAUUCUGCUCACUCCCCCACCACUCCACCCGGCCUCCUGCUGAUGAGGACUCCGAGUUCCCAGGCUACAAAAGGGGUGGCAGUGUAUGGCUCUGGAAUGCUGAAUAUGGGAGGCAGGGGUGCUUGUGACCCUAAUAAAUUCCAAAUCCUCUUCCCUGCCA